UCUUUUUCUCAUCCACCCACAAUCCAAAUCCUAAUUGCAUUUAAUUUUUUAAUUAAAUUCAUGUAAAAUAUUAUAAAUUUCCUGGUUUAGUUUAUUUUCUGCAUGGAAUCAAAUAAUAAUGAAGAAUGGUGAUAUGUUUUAUAUUUGGAGUGUUGGGUUAAGAGCAGUAGAAGAUGGCAACAGGGAAUGUUGUAUCAGUGUAUGAAGAAAACGUUUACAGGAAUCUUCACCAACCGGCUGUUGUAAUUGGUGGAUGUUUUUCUCUUGCAGCUGUUCUUCUCUCUCUUUUUCUCAUUCUUCAACAUCUCAGAUCAUACACCAAUCCUGCUGAACAAAAAUGGAUAGUGGCGGUUUUGUUCAUCGUUCCUGUCUAUGCUAGUGAAUCAAUUUUCUCAUUGUGGAAACAGAGGUUCUAUGUUGCAUGUGACAUUUUAAGAAAUUGCUAUGAAGCAUUUGCCCUGUAUUCUUUUGGAAGCUAUUUAAUUGCUUGUCUAGGUGGGGAAAGAAGAACCAUAGAUUUCCUAGAAAGUAAAUCAAGAAAGCAGCUCAGAAAGCCAUUGCUAGAAGGAGAUGAUGAAAAUCAAGUUUCACGGAAAGGGUGGCUCAGGAACUUCUUCUUCCAACCAUGUGUUCUAGGAAAAGAUCUACUCUCAAUAGAAAAGUUUGGUCUUGUACAGUAUAUGAUUCUGAAGACACUUUGUGCAUUCUUGGCAUUAGUUUUGGAGCUCUUUGGUGUUUAUGGUGAUGGGGAAUUCGAGUGGUACUAUGGGUAUCCAUACAUUGCAGUAGUACUGAACUUCAGCCAGAUGUGGGCAUUAUAUUGCCUUAUAAACUUCUAUAAUGUAACUCAUGAAAGACUUCAACCAAUAAAGCCACUAGCAAAGUUCAUAAGCUUCAAGGCUAUUGUGUUUGCAACUUGGUGGCAGGGUGUGGGCAUUGCCCUAUUAUAUGCAUUAGGAGUUCUUCCCAAGAAAGGAAAACUGAAACAUGGAUUGCAGGAUUUUUUUAUUUGCAUUGAAAUGGCCAUUGCGGCAGUUGCUCACAUGUUUGUCUUUUCGGCCGACCCCUAUCGUUUUCGUCCAGCUCCUGAGCCUGGGAAAUUAACCACCAGAAGUACUGAAGAAAGACUGAAGUUAGAGGAGGAAAACAAGGAACGAGCUGUGCUCGAAAAAACAAAAAUUCAAAUUGAGGCACCUGGAACAAGCAUCACUGAAAGUGUUCAAGAUAUUGUCAUUGAAGGUGGCCAGCGGGUUGUCAACGACGUUGUAUUGACCAUAAAUCAAGCAAUGGGCCCUGUGGAGAAAGGUGUGACAAAGAUCCAAAAGAAGUUCCAUUCAAGAUCAUCGAGCUCAGAAGGCAAGGAAGAAGAGACUGAGUUAAAUGUUGAGGAACAUGUGGAAGAAAAUCCAAGUGGAAUCCAAAAUUCUGCUAAUGUUUAGAAAAAAAAUUUAGUCAAGAUUGUCGAUAACUCUGAAGACUUGAUCAUAUUUGUUUUACUGAAUUGGUUUUGAAGACAUGAUUGUUUAUACAAAUAUUUAGCUAUGCUUAAUAGCACAUAACUGCAUUACUCA